AUUUAUGAUAGCCGUAUCAAAAUGUUCAACUUUGAACUUUCACCGAUAGCCUGUUGGGGUCAGUGCCAGGUCACGAGUUCGUGUGAAGAGCGAUCAUGGCGAGUUACCGGUUCAAUCUGGUCAAGCGUGUUCCACAGUUCAGUUCCUCGCUGUAUAAGAUAGCCAGACGAUGGUGUUCCAUCUACACUACACGGGUGGACCCAACCGAACCUACAUUUGACAAAAUUCUCAUUGCCAACAGAGGAGAGAUAGCCUGCAGGGUGAUGCAGACAUGUAAGCGGAUGGGAAUCAAAACAGUCGCCAUCUUUAGUGAGGCUGACAGACAUGCACUUCAUGUGCAGAUGGCAGAUGAAGCCAUGUGUGUGGGCCCUCCUCCCUCCAGUCAGAGCUACCUGGUCAUGGACCGCAUCAUGGACGUCAUACGGAAAACUGGCGCUCAGGCUGUCCAUCCUGGCUACGGCUUCCUGUCAGAGAACAAAGAGUUUGCCAAACAACUAGCAGAUGAGGGUGUGGUUUUUAUUGGCCCUCCCUCCGGUGCCAUCCAAGCCAUGGGAGACAAGAUCGAGAGUAAACUCCUGGCUAAGGAUGCCAAGGUCAACAUCAUCCCAGGCUUCGACGGUGUGGUCAAGGAUGCUGAUGAGGCUGUAAAAAUUUCCAAUGAAAUAGGUUAUCCUGUGAUGAUAAAGGCAUCAGCCGGAGGUGGAGGAAAAGGCAUGAGGAUUGCAUGGAAUGACAAGGAGGCAAGAGAUGGUUUCAGACUUUCUUCUCAAGAAGCUGCGUCUAGUUUUGGUGAUGACCGUUUGUUGAUCGAGAAGUUCAUCGACAACCCCAGACACAUAGAAGUGCAGGUUCUGGCAGACAGCCAUGGCAAUGCCUUGUACCUCAACGAGCGAGAGUGUUCCAUCCAGAGAAGGAACCAGAAAGUGGUGGAAGAGGCUCCAAGUAUAUUCCUGGACCCAGACACAAGAAGAGCCAUGGGAGAACAGGCUGUGGCACUCGCCAGGGCUGUAGAAUACACAUCUGCUGGUACUGUUGAGUUUCUUGUGGAUUCUCAGAAAAACUUCUACUUCCUCGAGAUGAACACAAGAUUACAGGUGGAACAUCCAAUUACAGAGUGCAUCACUGGCAUUGACAUUGUACAGCAAAUGAUCAGGGUUGCAAAAGGACAUGAACUGACCAUCAAACAGAGUGACAUCCCCAUACGUGGCUGGGCUGUGGAGUGUCGAGUGUACGCUGAGGAUCCCUACAAAAGUUUUGGUCUGCCAUCAAUAGGCUGGUUGAACAGGUACCAGGAGCCGACACAUCUGCCAAAGGUGCGGUGUGACAGUGGUAUCCAGGAGGGAAGUGAAAUCAGCAUGUACUAUGACCCCAUGAUCUCCAAGUUGGUGACAUAUGGAGACAAUAGAGAGGAGGCCCUACAGAACAUGUGCAGGGCUUUGGACAACUAUGUCAUCAGAGGAGUGACCCACAACAUCCCCCUGCUGCAGGAGAUCAUCGCCCACCCCCGCUUCGUGUCAGGUGACAUCAACACCAAGUUCCUGUAUGAGGAGUACCCUGAUGGUUUCCAAGGUUGGCAGUUGUCUGACACAGAACAGAGGGAAGUGGCUGCCAUGGCAGCCUGUAUCCACCUACGGGACCAGGUCAGGGCAGGGGCCUUCAAAAAUGAGAACAGAAUGCCCCUGCAGCCAGUGAAGCCCGGUGCCUGGGACAUCACAGUUAUUGUACAGGGACAGGAGAUGCCUGCAACUGUCACAGAAAACCACGACAACUUCACUGUUGUAAUAGAAGGACAGACCCUGACAGUGAGUAAAGACUGGUCCAUAGCAGCAGCUGUCAUUGAUGCAACAAUUAACGGCCAACAGAACACGUUUCAGUGCAUCUCCAGGAAAGGUGACAACAUCAGGCUUCAGUUCAAGGGCACUGUGUUCAAAGUCGAGGUCCUGCCAAAGAAAGCCACAGACUACAUACACUUGAUGCCAGAAAAACCAAAGGUUGAGGCGAGUGGUGAGGUGCGUUCUCCCAUGGCCGGUAGCCUGGUGUCCAUAUCUGUACAGCCUGGACAGGAUGUUGCUAUUGGACAGGAGGUCUGUGUGAUUGAAGCUAUGAAGAUGCAAAACAGCCUUACAGCUGACAAGAGUGGCAAGGUGAAGGCGGUACACUUUGAAACCGGGAGCAACGUUUCAGAAGACGACUUGAUAUUAGAACUAGAGUAACUCAGGACUGUCCUUACAUGUCAUGCCUCUUUAGUCUUGCCCAAAUAGUCAGAAAAUAAAAGUUGCCCUUGCAGGGGUGUCUCUGUACUCUGUAUUACAGCCUUUGGUAUGAAUUUAUCAGUAUUUAGGCACCUUAUAAUGUUUAGGGGGAGUCCGUAGUAAAGGACUAAAGUUGCUAUUUUUUCAAGAAAGUUGAAUGAACAGUCCUCCAAGACAGAACAGAAAAAUGAGCCAGUGAAAACUAAAAAAAAAGUCUGUUGGGCCAAACAAUUUGAUGAAAAUACAGGUGGAACAAAUUGUUGCCAAAGAAAAUGGCCAAAGAAAAUGUUUAGCAGGGGAAAAUGAAUUAGCUUCUCAUUUCAAAUACUCUGUUUCAUAGUCAGUUAAGGUAAUACACGGGUGAAGGUAAUACAUCUGUUCUAUGCUUAU